ACUAAUUAUAACCUCUCCUUCGAAACGUAAUUGACGGGUAGGGGGGACGUUCCGUUUCUCUAUGAAAGAUGUGAAUUUUAUUAGUCUGAAGCUGCACUAGUAGUCUGUAAUGAAGCAGAAGUCUGGACCAUGAAUUCAACAGUAUUGCACGAUGCUUCCGUUUUAGUCUGGAAAGUCGGAGUUCCCAUCACCAUUACUUCUGGAACUUUCGGGAACAUCAUGGUACUGUUGGUCCAGCGCCGAAUAACGGACAGUUCGAGCUCCAGUCUGUCCCUGUACUUCAUGUGGCUGGCCGUUUCGGACCUGUUAGCCCUGUGGUCUGAUCAGAUUUGCUGGUUUCUAGCUGCCUGCGAUGCGUUCAUAGAUUACGAGGUGGUGUGUAAGCUUCGGGUGUUUCUGGGGUACUUCACCGGCCAGUCCUCUCCCGCCAUCCUGGUGGCCAUGACCUUUCAGCGCGCCGCCUCUAUUUGGUGGCCCCUCAAGGUCGGUGUCUACUGUAACGAAAAAUUUGCUCGUGUGGUUAUGGUUAGCAUCAUCGUGUUCAUAGUUCUCCUUAAUUCACACCUUCUGUAUGGUCACUCGCUCCAGAACCAAAGCGGCAACGAGACAGCCAAAUGCUUUUUUAGUUACGUUAGCCCGGAGUACGGGGACUUCAUGAACUUGGUGUACGGGUGGGUGGAUACGACCUUUUGUUCCAUCCUCCCUUUCUUUCUCCUGUUUGCGGCCAACAGUGCCUUGAUCUGGAAGGUCAGGACUUCGCUGCGAGAAACCAAGCAAAAUCUGGCCUCUGGACACUCCUCGCAAAUUCAAGCUCGCCACAAGAAAUCGUCGUCGAUGACGGUGACACUCAUUGUCAUUUCUAUCGCCUUCAUCGUCCUGACCCUUCCACUGUCUAUGUACUUCGUCUACGCCAGGACGUUUUCCCAGGGAGCCGACGACGAUCCCACCAUCGCCGCCGCCAACGAGCUGGCUCUAGCAUCCACCAGUGUAUUAUUCUUUUUUAAUUAUGCCAUUAAUUUCUACAUAUACUGUCUGACUGGUAAUAAAUACAGGACCGAGUGUGCCAAGCUGUUCUGUCUGCAUUCUGACAGCAAGUCCUCUUGA